CUUCCCGACUGUUCCAAACAGCCCAUAAAGGAGAGAACACUUCCCGGUCCUUCCUUCCUUCCUUCCCGUCCCCAAAGCCCGACUCGCAGAAGAAGAAAGACAAGACGAAGAAAGCAGUCGGCGGCGCGUCGGCCUCCUCGUCUCUCGCCGCUUCGGUAAUUCCGCAUUCCCUAACCGUCCCCCGCGAUCUCUCUCUGCAAAUUCGGUCGUUCCGAGAGGGGGGAAGAGAGGGAGAAGAGAGGGGAGGGGGAAAACAUGGACGAUGUAUCGGAUAAAGUGGCGUAUUUCCAGGCGAUCACCGGCCUCGACGACCCCGAUUUGUGCACCGAGAUCCUCCAGGCCCACGGCUGGGACCUCGAGCUCGCGAUCUCCUCCUUCACCGGCUCCAACCCCGACGACGACCCCCUCCUCCGGCCCCGGCCCCCGGCAGCUGGCGGCCGGGCCGCCGCCGCCCCCGCCCCGCCCACGCCCACGCCCAACGCCGGAGGGCCCAGCCUGACGUGGAGGAUCAUCACGUUGCCGGUCUCGGUGAUCUCCGGCGGCUUAGUGGUCUCCGGCGCGAUUGGGCUCGGGAUGUGGAUGGCGGGCGGCGUCCUGUCUUAUUCCCUCGGGAUGGUGGGGUUGGGCCCCGGCUCCGGACGCCGCGGCGGCGGCGGGGGUGAGGACUCGUCGCGGUUGGUCUCGCUGUCUGCAGCCGCGACCGAGGCGAUGGAGUUCGUGGCUUCUUUCGAGAGGGAGUACGCCGCGGCGGCAGGGAGGCCGAACUUCGUGUCCGAGGGUUUUAUGGAUGCGUUGCAGCGGUCGCGGAAUGCGUUCAAGUUGUUGUUCGUGUACUUGCACUCGCCGGAUCAUCCGGACACGCCGCUCUUCUGCGAGCAGACGUUGUGUAGUGAGGCGCUGGCGGCUUUCGUGAAUGAGAAUUUCGUCGCGUGGGGUGGGAGCAUCAGGGCCAGCGAAGGGUUUAAGAUGAGUAAUAGCUUGAAAGCAUCGCGGUUCCCCUUUUGCGCUGUGGUUAUGGCUGCCACUAAUCAGAGGAUUGCUUUGCUUCAACAGGUUGAGGGCCCAAAAUCACCUGAAGAAAUGCUUACAAUACUUCAGAGAGUGCUGGAAGAAAGUGGCCCCGUUCUUGUUUCAGCCAGACUUGAAGCGGAAGAAAGAAGGACUAACACGCGGUUGAGGGAGGAGCAAGAUGCCGCUUACAGAGCAGCUCUUGAAGCAGAUCAGGCUAGGGAACGGCAAAGAAGAGAGGAGCAAGAGCGUUUGGAGAGAGAAGCUGCUGAAGCUGAAAGGAAGCGCAAAGAGGAAGAAGAGGCUCGUGAAAGAGCAGAAUGUGAAGCUGCUGAGAAAGCGGCCGCGCUAGCUAAACUUCGGGAGGAGAAGGCCUUGUCUCUUGGGGCUGAACCCGAAAAGGGACCAAAUGUAACUCAAGUGUUGGUGCGAUUUCCUACUGGAGAACGUAAGGAGCGGAGAUUUCAGAGUGACACCACAAUACAGUCACUGUAUGAUUAUGUGGACUCUUUGGGUUGCUUGGAAAUGGGGAAUUACACCUUGGUCUCCAACUUCCCUCGCGUGUCCUAUGGUUCAGACAAGUUCUCAUUGUCGUUGAAGGAAGCAGGAUUGCAUCCUCAAGCCAGCCUUUUCGUGGAGCUAAACUCGUGAGGAGAACCUAAUAUCAUAUUAUGUGAUUAGUGACAGUCCCAAAAGAUAAUUGCAGUAGAAAACGUUAUAUCCCCAUGCUUUCCUCUUCCAAGUUGAUAGAUCUCACAUAGAUCUUUCUCUUUGCUUUUUCAUGUGCUCCUGUUUAUCGAUAAAUUUUCUGGUUCGAUCCAUCAGCUGCCAUCGACUGAAAUAAUGUUUGCUCUUGCUCCUUAAUUUGCACUGGGGAUUGCUGGUUAGCUUCUAUUGUCAUAUAGCAGGCAAAGAAUUAUCAUUAUAUCUUUCUGUCCAUCCAUUUCUUGAAUGCAAAAAAUCAAUCGAUGGUA